UAACCGAGGAUAUUAUGCGAUUAGUAGGUAUUCAAAAUAUCCAAUGCAAGUAUGCAAAUCGAAAAUGAGAUGGUUGAAUCAAAAUAAUUCCUUUUAAAGUUCUGUUUCUUUUAGAGGUUAAUAUGAAUGUUUUAUUAUGUUCCAUCAACACACUAAAAGAGUUAUACGAUCUAUCCGGGGUGGAAGUAGGCCAACAUUUCUAUUGGCAAAUAGGAAGUUUCCAAGUCCAUGGCCAAGUACUUAUUACUUCUUGGGUUGUAAUUGCUAUCUUAUUAGGUUCAGCCAUUAUAGCUGUUCGUAAUCCACAAACCAUUCCGAGUGAUAGUCAGAAUUUCUUUGAUUAUGUCCUUGAAUUCAUUCGAGAUGUGAGCAAAACGCAGAUUGCAGAAGAAUAUGGUCCCGCGGUUCCAUUUAUUGGAACUAUGUUUUUAUUUAUUUUUGUUUCGAAUUGGUCAGGGGCUCUUUUACCCUCGAAAAUCAUACAGUUACCUCAUGGGGAGUUAGCCGCCCCAACAAAUGAUAUAAAUACUACUGUUGCUUUAGCUUUACUCAUGUCAGUAGCUUAUUUCUAUGCGGGCCUUUCAAAAAAGGGAUUAGGUUAUUUUGGUAAAUACAUUCAACCAACCCCAAUCCUUUUGCCCAUUAACAUCUUAGAAGAUUUCACAAAACUCUUAUUGCUUAGUUUUUGA